AUGGCACCCUCUCUCCUCCCACCUGCAAAUCCAAAUGAGUACCAGUAUUGGACCGAUCCCAUUCUGUGUGAAGAGACACGACGCAGGCUAGAGCAUUUCCGCAGCCUUGGGUGGCUUCCACCAAACUUCAAGCCCAAGACGCUGGAGGGCCUAGCGGUGGUCGAACGAUACUGGAGAAAGUACUGCAUCCAACUGAAGGAAGACUAUGUGGACUAUCUUCUCUCAGAAGACCAAGCCAUCUAUAUGAAUUUCUUUGAUUGGAUGCAUCGCACCUCAUGGCAAAAGGCUCUUCAGUCAUAUGAUGAGUACUGGCGAUGA